AUGGGGAUGCGUUCUGGAUGCUUAUUCACGUGUUCCCGCAUGAACUUGUCUGUGGCAUCCCAGUCGGCUGGGUUCAUUGUGGGAUAUGUCGUAUCCCAAUUCGGCAUGCGAUCGAUGAGCUCUCGCUCAGUGAUCUUCGCAAGAACGAGUAGCCUGUCCCUGCCCAGGUAUCGUUGA